AUGGCGGCUGGAUGGAAAGGGUGUCUGGAGACCCUGGCUGCCAUUCUCAUGCCUAAUCCACGGCAGUGCUGCCUGGAGGGGGUUUGGACAGGACGAGAAGGUGGCGAGGUCCUCGGGGGCAGAGGGGGCCUCAUCCAGCAGCAGGCCUUCCUUGUGGCAAAGCACCUCGCGUCCCGAAUCGGCGCCUUCAACUCGGAGAAGUCGGGAGCCCCACAGGAAACUUCCAUUACUGCAGACGCUGCCACACACCAGGGGCAGCGGAUGGGCUGCCGCGCUGGCUCCCCAGGAAUGAGCUCCUUCCACGGCCGGCCGCCUCGCCGGCCCGCCCUCUCUCGGGGACCCCCCCGGCACCUGCGGCCUCCGAGUAAGUGUCCGCGCGCACGUCCGCCGGCCCGCCUCCCCUCCGCGUGCCCGGAGCCGGGGGCCGCCGGGUGCCCCUCGCCGCCUCCGCGGGGAGCGGGGGGUCGCGGGCGCCUCCCCCGGGUGGGCGGAGAGGCUUGCGGCGCUGCCCCGCGGCGGCAGCGGCGUCCGGAGGCCGCACUACCGGCGGCCGCGGCGGCGCUGCUCCCCCUGCUCGGUGCAGCUGCCGCCCGGCGCUUGCGCACUGGGCCCGGCGCCCUCGAGUCUGCGGAGUUUGCAGAGCGCGAGCCGUUUAAAUUUAGCGCUUUGGGCUGCCUGGAGCGAGGGCUCUUGGCGAGGAAGAAAGAUGGGGGCGAGCGCGAGGAGGAAACGCCGGCGGCGGCCGCGGGGCCCGGGGCUCCGGGCGCCCCCCUCCCGCCCCGCUGUGCCCGGACCCGGGCGCGGGGGUCUGGGCGACCGAAUAAACAGCUGCAGGCCAAAACGCACACGGGAAAACAAGCCCACCACCCCCUCUCCUGCGGGAUUCCCAGAGGGAAGGCUGGAGUGGUCCCCUGCCUGAACGCCUGUGCAAAGAAAGAGCUGUUGUCUGGGCCUGAGUCCCUUCUGUCAGCAGCCUGGAGGAAAUUCCCGCCAGCCAGGGUGUUUGCAUGCCUGCGGGGCUGGCCCCGGAAGCAAGGCAGCCUUACCCCCAGCCCAGCCCCGGAAGCCUCCCCUCCACAGGGCUCCUUGAUUCCAAAGCAGAAAAACAAGAACAAGAAAAAGGGUAAAGAUGAGAAGUGUGGCUCAGAGGUGACCACCCCGGAGAACAGCUCCUCCCCGGGAAUGAUGGACAUGCACGAUGAUAACAGCAACCAGAGCUCCAUUGCAGACGCCUCCCCCAUCAAACAGGAGAACAGCAGCAACUCCAGCCCCGCUCCCGAGCCCAACUCGGCCGCGCCCGGUGAUGGCACCGACGCCAAGGCGGAUGAGGCCCAGGCCGAUGGGAAGGAGCUCCCCGGGGCCGAAGAUGCUUCUGACGAGCAGAAUUCACAGUCUUCAAUGGAAAACUCGAUGAACAGUUCAGAGCAAGUAGAACGGCAGCCAUCUGGAGAUGUGGGUCUGGCUGCAGAGACAUCCACAAUCUCUCAGGUACCUCGGUCGAGGUCUCAGAGGGGCAGCCAGAUCGGCCAGGAGCCCGUUGGGGUGUCGGGGGAUCUGGAAGGAGUGCCGCCCUCCAAAAAGAUGAAACUGGAGGCAUCGCAACAAAACUCCGAGGAGAUGUAGACACUGAGUUCAGUCCUCUGAUCCACUUCUCACGGGAGAUGCAUCAGCAGGCCUAAUUCUAGAACAACCUCACCCGAGCGGAUCCCUGUUGGGUGCGA